GCCGAACACUUCAAAAAAAAACUUUUCAAGAAGAGUAAAAUUUUCAAUUUUUAAUUAAUAUUUCAAUUGAAAAAUUUUAAGUGAAAUAUUUCAAAUUCAUAACCCUACGUUAAUAGCUGGCUCUCAAGUCAGCGUACCUGACGGAACUACGGAAGAAAAAAAUAAAAAGAGACAAAUUCGGUCUUUAUAUUAUAAAUCUACUGCGUAUGAUUGUAGUACCUACUCUUUAAUCUAAUUGGUAACUAUAUCUAUCGUGUUGCCAAAACGACGAUAACAAUGUCCACACACACCACAGCUACUGAUACCAGCACCACGGCACAACCAUAACUCUACGCCGAUUCGGGACGCUUAAUCGAUACAACCGACGUGCAUCCUCACCAACAAGUUUUCGUCGAUAUAAAAUAAUAGGUACACCACCACACAGUGUUUCGGACCAAUCAAAAAUCUACUAGGUUUCUGAAUUCCAAUACAUCUUCUCUACAAUAUUAUUAUCGUUGCAUCCACGUCCGCAAACUUGUAUUACGACAUAGUUUUAUUUUUAUUUUAUAACGACCCGAAAGUAUUUGGAUUGGAGAAAUGGAGUCCUCAUUGUGUACCUCAAUCGUCGUGGAUUCCAUAUCUGGCGAAAGGCUGGAACCGUCACACUCCGCUAUUAUCACUAUCAAUGUCUCACCUGAACUGAACAAUAUAAUAGUCGCGCGUGGGAGGAACGUCCAAUCACAUUAUAAUUUGAGAGAACUCAGCGGACUCUACACAGAUGAAGUCUUUUCGGAUCGGUUAGCCCUGCGUUUCAGAGAUCAAAAGAAAAACUUGAUAGUACUCUGCCAAGACAAAACUCAUAUCCGGAACAUAUUGUUUCAUGUCCACGAGUUUAUGGCUUUGAACAAUAUGACUCAUAUUAUCAACGACGAGUUCAGGCUGGACAUGGGCUCGUUCUCGUGUUUAGAGCGUUUCAAUUUCGAAGCGAUUAAGCACAAUGUAACAAACCUAAUAUUAGAAAAUGUCGUUGUGUGUACCUUAAAAGGACUGACCACUAUGUCACACAUCAAAUGCAUCAGCCUGUCAGGCAGCACACUGGGCAGGACACGGUUGGAAAAGGAGACAUUUUGGAACUGGAUGACUUUUCCUAACAUCGAAGAUUCGUUGACUGUUCUGUUGCUGGAUUCGGUUAAUUUGACAAUGGUACCGUUUGAAAUGCAGAACCUGUAUAAACUGAAAUCUUUAUCUUUGGCCGAUAACCAUUUGAAAUGUUUACCUCAUUUUUUUGAUGGUUUUCCCGAAUUGACCUCUUUAUUUAUUAACAACAACAGUUUAACAUACUUACCGGUGAUGCUACAGAAUACAACUUUUAAAGAUAUAAAUAUUGCGGAUAAUAUGUUAAGAUUGCCAAACUCUGAAUCGUUACGUAUUCAAAGACCUAAACCAGAAGAAGAAAGAAAAAUUCCAGAAACAUUAUGUAAUUUAGCACUCUUUUCCAUGGUUAAAAAUAAAGUGAAAUUUAAAAGACAAGAUGUAAAUCGUUCAUUAUGGGACUAUUUUAAUAAUAUUAGUUCUUGUAGAGAAUGUGAUCGAAUGAUGGUAGUUACUCAACAAAAUGCAUUUUAUGAACUGGGCUUCGUGAGAGCAUAUAACUAUCAAUGUGCAGCAAAUAUUAUUUUAUGGCAGUAUUGCGAGUGUCUUCAUCACUGCAUAGAGGAGUGAUGCAAUUCUCGUACAAGCAUACAUGAUCGUUUUAGUCUUUUGUCAUGUACACAAUUUUUCAGUUAAAAUUAUAAAAUGUAUUUAUAUUUAGUUAUUAGCAGUAGUGUAAUUGCGAAACGGUAGUUAACGAGGGGUUGGGGACACCUUCUAAAAUUUUUGAGAGAUCAACAGUAUUCCAUUUACUCCCCAGAUGGCAGAUAUGCCAACAGUAUAAACCUUUAAAUUUACUAGAAUAAAUAAUGCAUAUUAUAAUAUGUAAUAUUUUUUUUCUCAAAUUAAAACAUAAUCUACAUUUAUUUAAUGUUUCUCUUUCUGUAUAAUAUGCUCACGUACUGUCGACAGUAUUCUAUUAUUUGUAUUAAA